AUGGCUUCUCUAUUGAAAAAGCCAUUGAAGUUAGCCUUGGUGCAGCUUGCCUCCGGUGCGUCUGGCUCGUUAGGAGCUUCAUCGAUCUCCAAUCCCUUGAUUUGGCCAUCUCAGUGUAUGCUAAGACGAGGUGACCCUAUGACAGGUACGGACAAAGCUGUCAAUCUCUCCCAUGCACGAAGCAAAGUCCUUGAGGCGGCAAAGGCAGGAGCCAAGCUCAUCGUCCUCCCUGAAUGCUUCAAUUCGCCAUACGGGACGCAAUACUUCCCCAAAUAUGCGGAGACCCUUCUCCCCUCGCCCCCCACGAAGGAACAGUCUCCUUCAUACCACGCCCUAUCGGCUAUUGCGGCAGAGGCCAAGGCCUACCUUGUGGGCGGAAGUAUUCCUGAACUGGAGCCCACAACCAACAAGUUUUACAACACCUCCCUGGUCUUCUCGCCGACAGGCGCUCUGAUCGGCACCCACCGCAAGGUCCAUCUAUUUGACAUUGAUAUCCCUGGGAAGAUCACGUUCAAGGAGAGUGAGGUACUGUCACCUGGAAAUCAGCUGACUAUGGUUGACCUCCCGGAGUAUGGAAAGAUCGGUCUGGCUAUCUGCUACGAUAUCCGUUUUCCGGAGCUGGCCAUGAUUGCCGCGCGCAAGGAUGCAUUUAUACUCAUCUACCCGGGCGCCUUCAACCUGACCACGGGUCCAAUGCACUGGUCACUUUUGGCACGCGCCCGUGCUGUGGAUAACCAGGUUUAUGUGGCAUUGUGUAGCCCUGCGCGAGACAUGGAUGCCACCUACAACGCAUACGGUCAUACUCUAAUCACAAACCCUCUCGCGGAGAUUCUGGGGGAGGCAGAAGAUAAGGAGGAAAUCAUCUACGCUGAUUUAGAAAAUGAUUCGAUCCAGAACACAAGGAAGGGAAUCCCAGUCUACACUCAGCGUCGCUUUGACUUGUAUCCUGAUGUGACCCUUGGUGCUGCCGCCCCUCGUUUACGGCGAAGAGACACAUAA